AGUCGGACGAACAGUGGCACAGUGCUCAUAUUCAGUAAAUGCACAGCUAAACAUACAACAGGUUCAAACUGUUGUAUUAAACUGUUAUUUUUUAUUUUUUUAUUUUUUUGUAGAUCCAUCUAAUUUAAUUAGAUUUUGUAUUUGCUCCACCAGUUAACAGUAAUAUAUUGUCUACUCAUUAAUAUAUUAGUUACAUUUAUAUAUUGUGAUUGCUUUGGCUUUAAUUUUCUCGAUAAAGCUUUUAAAUGCCUAUAACAUUUUUUAAACCACAUAUCACUGCUGUCUGUCUACAUCAGUAACUGUUUUACACUCAUUUUUGUUUUAUGUUUUUUUUUUAUUCAGGUAUUUUAUACAUUUUUUGGUCUGCCGUUGAUCUCGUCUCGCGGUGAUGACGUCAUCAUUCGCGCGCUCCCUUCGUCCUAUUCUUCUGAGGUAAACUACACGCGAUCAAAUAAUUGUUAAAACUCUACACAGUUUAAAGUACACGGCUGUUUCCGAAUUUAUCCUAUGAUGUACACCGCUCUUCUUGUGUCAGGUAACUAAAACACUUGAUGAAGAAAUGUAUUUCUCACAUACAACACGACUUGAACAAACGACACGAUUUGCUAUUUUGAUCAUCUACUAGAAAUAUCCCGGGUGCAAUGGAGGAAAAUGAGGAGAUUGGAGAGGAGAAACAUCAUGUCAAAACUGAAGAACAAACUCCCCCACAGACUGAAAGUAUUUCUUUGAAGAAAAUAGACAAGAAAUAUUUCAUCUGCCAUAAGUGUCCGAGUUGUUUCACACGACAAGAAGACCUUCAGGAACACGAGAUCAUCCACACUAUUGAGAAAGUGCAUGAAUGUGAUGAAUGUGGCAAAACAUUUGAUUGUGCUUCAGCCCUAAAGAGCCAUCUCAGAGUUCAUUCACAGGAGAAACCACUUUUAUGUUCUUUGUGUGGAAAGAGUUUAAAACACAAACAAAGUCUCGAGCUUCACAUGAAGAUCCACACUGGAGAGAAACCGUUCACAUGUGAUCAGUGUGGGAUGGGUUUUAGACAAUCAUCAAACCUUAAGACACACAUGAACACCCACACUGGAGAGAAACCGUACAAAUGUGGUCAAUGUGGCAAAACAUUUUCGAGGUCUACAGGCCUAAAUGCCCACAUGUUAGUUCAUUCACAGGACAAACCACAUUCAUGUUCUUUGUGUGGAAAGAGUUUUUCACGUCUACCGGACUUAAAACUUCAUCAGAAAAUACAUUCUGGUGUAAAAGAUCACAAGUGCUUUGAGUGUGGGAAGAGUUUUAUUACCGCUAUAGUUUUGAAACUACACUGGCGGACUCACACUGGAGAGAAACCGUACAAGUGUUCACACUGCGACAAGAGAUUUCGUCGGUCUGAACACGUGAAAACACACGAGAGGAUCCACACUGGAGAGAAACCGUAUCACUGCACUCCAUGUGGGAAGAGUUUCACUCAAGUAUCUUCUCUACGCAGUCAUAUAAAAUACAAUCACAGGAAGUAGUUCAUCUUCAGAUCCAGCACUAUCAGGGGCCCGUUUCAAUAAGGAGGUUCAACCAACUCUGAGUUAAAUCUUGAACUCUGAGUUGACUUGCCCUGA